AUGCAAUCAGGGAUAUAAAAAGAACAUCUGUUGCAAAUAUUAACCCUAGUGAACGACCAAAAAAAGCAAAAAAAAUAAUAUCUACCUUGGAAGGCAUUACAAAUUGGUCGCAUUUUGUUUGGCCAACAAGCAGUGAAUUAUCUGGUUAUAUCUGCGCACGCUCUUUACCUAAUUUCGGUUCUUGGAAUACCUUUUCCCCUAUUGAUAUUAAAAAAACUACGAACGAUCAAGAGUUUACAAAACCAA